AUGAUGCACAUGAAUGUCCCGGCAGAGGUCCUCAAGAGCAUUGAUAACAAUGCUGAAGUGAAAGGUAAAUGCCACGUACUUAUUAGGCCAUGCUCCAAAGUCAUCGUCCAGUUUCUAACGGUGAUGAUGAAGUACGGUUACUUUGGUGAAUUUGAAAUCCUGGAUGAUUACACAGCUGGGAAAAUUGUUGUGGACCUCACAGGCAGGUUAAACAAGAGUGGAGGGAUCAGCCCCAGAUUUGAUGAACCACUCAAAGAUCUAGGAAAGUGGCAAAAUACUUUGCUCCCGUCCUAUCGGUUUGGUUGUACUGACACAACCUCCGCUGGCAUCAUGGACCAUGAAUAA